UUAACGAGCUCGUGUUUUUCCGUGCGAGCUCAGGUGUUCGUCCGCGUCUCCCCCGUGUCCGGGUCCACAAUGGGGAAGAUUCAAAAGUUUACCAUCGCGUUUGACCAGAGCAAGGACGUGUACACGCCUGGAGAGUCGAUAUCGGGGACGGUGAGCAUCGCCGCGGCCCAGGCGCUGGUGUGUAAAGCUAUUAAGGUGAACUGCAAUGGCUUCUGUGGGAUCACCAGUAAGGUCAAUGACACAGAUUGGACAGUGGAGGAGCAGUACUUCAAUAGCACGGUCUCCCUGGCAGACAAAGGAACCCUGAAGGAAGGAGAGCACACCUUUCCGUUCAAGUUCCUCAUUCCAGCUGCUGCUCCGACGUCUUUUGAGGGCAAAUACGGAAGGAUCGUGUACCGAGUGAGAGCUUUCAUUGACACGCCGAGAUUCGCCAAAGACUACAGCACGGAGAAACCGUUCUACCUGCUGCGCCUCCUCAACCUGAAUGAAGUCCCAGACAUAUGGGAAGCCUCCUCUUCUGCGGUGAAACAGCAGUUCACCUACAUGCUCAUGAAAACGGGCACUGUGGUCCUGAAGGCCGAGACGGACAUGAAGGGUUACACUCCGGGUCAGAACAUCCAGGUGACCGCCCACGUCCACAACCAGUCGGGGAAGAGCACCGGGAACAUCUCAGCCAGCCUGGUGCAGAGAGUGACCUACGAGACCAAGAAGCCGACCCAUGAUUUGAGGACGAUCGCGGAGGUGCAGGGCGGCGCAGUGAAAGGCGGCAAAGAGGUGGAGUGGAAGGACCAGAUCAUCGUGCCCUCUCUGCCUCAGUCCUCCCAGGCCGGCUGUGACCUCAUCAAGAUUGAAUAUUUCGUUCAGGUCAGCCUGAAGUCCCCAGAUGUCCUGUUGACGUUACCGAUCUGCAUUGGCAACGUCUCUCUGGACAAAAAGCGAAAGCCAUCAAAGCCUGAGGCUCCUGCUUCGUCCUCCGCUUCCGCAGAGGCGCCAGCCCCCGACGCCUCCGCCACCACGCCGACUCUUCCUCCCCGUCCUGCCCCGAAACCUGCUCCCCGCCCCACUCCUCGAUCCAGGACUUCUAGUCACAUUUCCCCCAGUGCGCCCCCUGUGGAUUACCUCCCGGCCGCCGAGGGCCAGACUCCGGCAGCAGAGGAGUGCCCCAACAAGCGGCAGUCACAGCUGGUGUCGCCAAACGCUUUCAGCUACGCCCCCGGCCUUUUCUUCCCGCACGGCGAGCAGCCCAACGGGCCCAGUGCGAGUAGGAGAUCAGCCGGAGCCAACGGGUCCUCGGGUGCUACUUCGCUCUACCCGGCGCUCGGCUCAACGCCGCAGCCUCCCAACUACGAAACCUCACCCUUCCCUCAAGAGGCUCCUCCUUCUUAUGAUGAAAGCUGCAACACAUAAGCUGGAUCAAGAAGCAGGACGUCCGGCCAACUGAGGGACUUGGACUCUAUCUGCCGUCUGGUGAAGACAGAUCAUGUAGAUUUUUUUUAUUGAUACUAAGAACUUACAUUUGAGGCUGGAUCAAGAUUGGUUUUCCAUCAGCUUCACUCUGUCUCUCAGCAAUCAGGUGGUCAACACUGUACUGUUUUUUUCAGCACUUUUAAUGGAGAGGAUGCGAGUUGUUUGCAGCAGGUUUUACGUUCCAGUGGAGUCUUGCUUCCAGUUUUUAUAAAGCUGCGUCUUCAAAAAUCAUUCUUUUCGAUCACAUGCAGGCUCUAAUCACUGUGGGAGAUAUUUGGGUCAUACCAGGGAGAGUCACGCUUCAGCUCCGGCUUCAUUUUCCCCCCAAGCCACUGGUAUGUUGUCCUUUCGGAGAGGUGGAUCACUUUUUUUAUCUACAUCAGAACUUUAUCCAGAAUUUUAUUUGUAAUGAGUUUUAUUGACCGAUCAUUGUUUUAAUAGAAACGUGAUUUAAUCUAAGUGUGAUUUUGCAAACCAUAUUUUUUGUGUAUUAUGUUGCUGUUGCAAAUGUUCUGUUUAAGCUAAUACAUUUUAAGAAAUAAAACCCGUGUGUAGAUGGAGUUCUUUCUCAAAGAUGGAGAUCGUGCUGCAUUGAUGACAGCAACCUGCGGAACUAGAAACAACAAUUGAGAGUCAGAAACGAGGCAAGUUCGAUUCACUGUACAUCUGGAAGUAACUCAGUUAAAACUGGAUACAACAGUUAACGGAGUGCAGUUGGGCGUCAGAUGAGGGCCACCGAGUCCAGGAAAUAAUGCCAAUACAGCCCGGUAAAUCUAGUCCACUGCGCUGUAUUGACAGCUAUGACCGUACAUUGUGUGAUGUCAUCGACAAGCGACUGUCUGGAGGUAUUCUGCUGGCUAUUUUUUAUUUUCUCAUAUUUAUUCACAGCCACUCAUGUAUACCACAGAUAUAUAAGCACGUGAAGUGUAAACAAAAUUGGUGGAAAAUACUAGAAUUUACAGGUCUGUUUUUCAGUGAAUGCACCUAUUCUAUAUUUAUGUAUAGUU